GUUUUUCUGAUCCAUCCAACAUGACACGGGCGCCAUGGCGCCUGCCACGACUUCUCCAUGGUGGCUGGACUUCUUGUGGUCCAACGAAGUCAUUCAGGUGGCCGUUUGUGCCCGAAACUUCCUGCAGACAUUGCGCACAGGCCUGCCGACUGAGUGCAGAGAGGAUGCUGAGGAGCUAAGUCCCUUGAGCUUGCCGAACUUGUGUGCAAGCGGUGUCCUCCAGCAACAGACGCGAGGUUGGCGCAAUGUCCAUUUGCCUGCCCUACGUCGAAUCCAGCUUCCUCCGCGGGGAGAAGUGGACCUUCGACGCCUUCCACAGCACGUGGCUGUUUGCUGGGACGCGCCUUUGACCAUGGAGGCUUUGGAGGCUGAGGAGUUGCAAGAAGACGAAGCUGCAGGCGAACUGCUGGCAUCUGAUCGAGGUUUAUGUCCUGAGGAGGGUGCCUUGCGAUCAGCGACGAUUUUGGCAGCUUCCAGGCAGGAGGACUUCCGUUUGCAGCUGCGCUGGUUCUGCGAGGGCAACGUUUUAUGCUCCAGCGAGUUGGGAUGUUCCUUCUACUUGGUGGCGGAUUGUAACAUGGCUCUAACUUUUGAGCUUCGCGUGGGUUCUUCUUGCUCUCGGGUGCUGCGUCAUGACUUCUCGGGAGGUCCUCAAUGGGGUGCCGCCGACUUCUGCGAACGCCCCAGUGGACGUCGCGUGAUGUUGCAGCUACGCUUGUUAGAAGUGCCUUCACGCUUUCACCUUUUUGCACCGCAGGGUGACCGUGCGGUCUGGCGUGUUGAGUCAUGGAACGCGAAAGAACGCUUUGGGAAAGCAGCUUAUGUGAGCGAAGCUUGCAAUUUGCCCAGUGAAACUUCACUGAAGCUGUUGGUCGGUGUAGGCCCUGAAGACAGUGUUGACUUGGUGGGGCCGAGCCCUGCCAGAGAUUGCAGGCCCUUAGCCCUGCAACCCUUGGCGCUCUUUGCUACGGCGGUGCCGGGGGCUUCGUUGCGCUUUGCGCUGGAGGUCGGAGGGCUUCGCCGCAUCUAUUUCCAGCACUUUACGCUCACAGCCGCUUUUGCUGGAAGUCGUUGUUUCCUGCCCAGCGCCGGAGAUGCUGUUCGAGGUUUUUCCAUUCCGUUGACGUCCCACCACCGCUCUCUCCAUGUCUCGUAGACGACGCCUUGGACGUGGCGGUGGAAAUCCUUGGGGCGGCGCCCUUGGGAGAUGAGGAGGAGGCCGACCUACUUCCAGCGGUGUAAGCUGAAAAAA